AUGACAGUUGUUAGAACAGGCUUACGGGCUGAGCGAAUGGAUGAACGUGAUAAUCUGUUGCAAGACGAUCAAGAUGUUGUCUCAAGUGGUGAGCAUGAGCUGGAUUGGUUGGCCUCGCGCCUCCAUCACAUCAAGUCAUUCAGUGUUUGUCCCGCGAAUAAUCCACCUGGGCAAACAACAGAGACGAGGUUUGAGAUGAUUUUACAAGAGGUCAUCAUGAAUCGUGAGAAAUUGAGGAAACUGGCAGGAUCUCACUGGGACGAUACAGCAAUCCGCACUUUGGCACGUAACUUGGGGCGAGCGGCGCAGGAACUGACCAUACUCAUAAGCUCCUGGUGUGACAAAGAAGUUUCAACCUUCAGCAUUUAUAUUCCCAUUAAAAUUGAGAGACAAGGUGGUCACCAAACAGUCACAGGAACUUGGAAAACUCAGUUGAUCAUCGGGAAGAUCGCGGAAAUCGACUCGUGGGAGGCCAUACUGGGUCUUUACGUAUGGUCUUUGAAACAAUCUAACCGUGACCUGGAAGAAAUAUCUCAGAAUGAAUUCUUUCGAGCGUUUCGUCCCAAAGACAUUACUCCUCACCAGGCACGGUUGUUACACCGGACGUGGACGGACAACAGAUCGAUUCUCGACAAAGAUCCAUCAACAACGAGAUAUUUUUUGAACGAAAGCCAGACAAUUGGGCAUUUCCAACUGAAAACGAACAAUCAAGUGGCUCAGGAUAUGCCUCUGGUUACGGUUUCUUCAAAUAUAUAUGCACUGGCCGCUCAAAAUAUGUAUAUGCACCUGCUUUGUUCAAUGCUAGAGUCUCUAUCAUCUAUUGGAGGCCAAACCCAGGUUACGGGCAGUGACAAGAGCAGCUACAGGGUUUGCAACGACCGAGUUGAGGCACUUGUGAGUGUGUUUGUCAAAUCAAAUUUGGGCGACUAUGGAGAAGGCAUGACAUGUAUUCUUCAGACAUUAUCGGAUAGAUCGCUGAUUUCCGGUAUCUCAUCUGGUUUGCCUGAUGUUCGGCAGAGCAUGGAGCUUUUCUCCUCAAAAGGAUAUCAUAAUGGGCUUACCAAUCUUCUUACAAUGAGCGAAUGGUUAUGUUCUUUAACUGACUACGAGGAAGUUCAGCCAUCCAUUGUCGAAUAUGCACAUAUCUGUCUGAAAGUUCUUCUAGAACCAGAUAUCGCUGCAAGGGAGCUGGCAGCCGAACGGAUCCUAGCCAUUGUGGAUGUUAACACCAAUGGGAGUACAUUCUAUCCGGUAUCAAAGUAUUUGGACCUCGAGAGCGUACCUUCGGACGUUUGGUGCAUCGCAUUUCGAACAGAGAUAUCUUGGAUGGUAAUUCAUAUGAUCCAUUAUCUAUCGAGACGCAAUCCAGGGCAGCGAACGAUGGCCAUUUUACAGGGAUUGAAGGAGAAGAUUGGAACUAGGACUCCAAUGCCCGAAGUCUAUGACGACUUGCAAGCUGCUCAAUUAUCGCGGCAAACGUUCCUGGACAUCUGGCUCGGGUCAGACGUCGGGUGUUCGACAAAAAAUGACCAGCCAUCCCAGCUCGCUCUUGAUUGGCUUGUUCAAAAUCAAUUCCACAUCAUGCUAGAGUUGCUGAUUAUCAGAAUGGUCAACGAUCUGGGCGAGAUGUAUCGGCUGCUGGCAGUGAUCGUAUAUGCGAACCAAAGAGGCUAUACCGAAGUCAUGCGUUUGCUGCUACUUCAUGCGGAGCGGACGAAACGAAAGGACGAUAUCAUAAUUGAACUAUCUAGAGAAGGAAAUACGGAGGCCUUAAGGGCAUUCCUUGAAAAGAGUAACUCCAGCACCAUCACCAGAGCUCAUGAAACCGCCUUUUUGAUUGCCGCGCAAGCAGGACAUCAUUCAAUGUUGGAGUUUUUGCUUGAAAUUGGUCUCAACGUGAACUUACAAGAUGAAAAUGGAAAGACUGCCUUGAUGGAAGCUGCCAUGAAUCGUGAUAUUGCGAGCACUGAACUCCUUCUUUCACACAAUGCGAGUAUAGAUCAGAAAGACAACUUUGGGGAUACAGCUCUCAUACUUGCUGCCGAACGCGCUUAUCUACCUAUUGUUGAGCUUCUUGCUAGGGAAGGGGCUGAUAUCAAUAUGAUGGGCUCUCAAGGCAGGACACCGUUGAUGGCAGCAAUCGUGAGACAAGAGCUGCCCCUCGUCAAGUAUCUUUGCACUGCAGGAGCUGAUCUUAGCAUCAGUGACCCUGAUCAGUACAGUGUGCUGGACAUGGCUGCUCGGGCAGGGUUCAAUGGUCCUUGGCUAGAGGGCCAUGCAUAUUUGAGUGCAGCGGGGGCAGAAUACAGUCGUGGUCCCUGA